AAUCUGGUUUAAAUCCUUAUGAGCCAUGUUCUAGUAUAAGUCAUGUCAGCGAAAAAUAUGAAUCAACUCUCGAUUUUUUGAUGACAUGGGGUCGUUCUCCUGGAGAGACACUAAAAUACUCGAUCAAAAAAAAUAGGAAUUACUCAUCUCCAAUUGGAUCCAGAAUUUUGUCUAUACUUGAAUCAAUGGGAUAUGAGACAGAUGCCUGUUAUAGACUUUAG